AUGAAGGCAUUUCAGACCAUCUACAGGCAGCUUAAAAGUUCAAAGGGAUUUUCUGUAGAACUAUCCCCACAUUUGGGUUUCUCCACUUCCUCUUAUUUAUGUGGCCGAAAGAAAAAAGUGAACCCUUAUGAAGAGGUGAACCAAGAAAAGUACUCUGAUUUAGUACAGUCUGUCUUGUCAUUCAGAGGCCCUGCUCAGACUCCGGAAUCAUUAUUCGAGGAAGAUUCUUUACUCUAUGGACCUGUGAGUAAGUGUAAGGCCCCAAAGCAAGAUGAGGAAGCAAGAGUUCCAGGAAACUGGUUUCCUCUCUUCAAUCCACAGAGAAGCUUAAAGCCAAAUACUACAGGUGGUGCGACAAUUCCUUUGAAAAUCCCUUUGCAAAGGAAUAAGAUACCAAGUGUGACCCGGGUCCUCCAGCAGACCAUGACAUCAGAACAGAUUUUCUAUUUAGAGAGGUGGAAACAGCGGAUGAUUCUGGAACUGGGAGAGGAUGGCUUUGCAGAGUAUACUUCAGACUUAUUUUUACAAGGGAAACAGUUCCAUGAAGCCUUGGAAAGCAUACUUUCACCCCAGGGGAACUUAAAAGAGGGAGAUGAGAACCGUGAGUCUGGCUACAUCAAAAGCAUCCAGCAUAUUCUGAAAGAUGUCAGUAGAGUUCAAGCUCUUGAAAGCGCUGUUCAACAUGAGACCUUAAAGUAUGUAGGUCUGCUGGACUGUGUGGCUGAGUAUCAAGGCAACCUAUGUGUGAUUGAUUGGAAAACAUCGGAAAAACCAAAACCUCUUAUCCGAAAUACAUUUGACAAUCCGCUGCAGGUUGUGGCGUACAUGGGUGCCAUAAACCAUGAUGCCAACUAUAGCUUUCAGGUUCGAUGUGGUUUAAUUGUCGUGGCCUACAAAGAUGGAUCCCCUGCCCACCCACAUUUCAUGGACACAGAGCUGUGUUCCCAAUACUGGGCAAAGUGGCUUCUUCGACUAGAAGAAUAUACAAAAAAGGAAAAGAACCAGAAUAUUCAGAAACCAGAUUAG